AUGACUCCAAUGAUAAGCUCUCUUAGAUUGAUUGCCAAUGUUGGAACUCCUUUUGAAAAUCCAACUUUAUAUCGCUCCAUAGUGGGCGGGUUGCAGUAUGCAACAAUUACACGACCUGAUAUCAGUUUUUCAGUGAACAAACUGAGUCAAUUUAUGUCCAACCCCUGCCAAGAACAUUGGGUUGCAGUUAAACGAGUCCUGAGAUACUUGGCAGACUCAGAUUGGGCAAGUGAUCUUGAUGAUAGAAAAUCUACAACUGGAUUUUGUGUGUACUAUGGUUCAAAUCUGGUGUCUUGA